GAAGAUAUCAAGAAAAACAGAAGUGCUGAACACCGAACAUUGGGCCAACCUUCAAAUGAAGACCAGUGGGACUAAAUUUUAAAUAUUUCCCCAAGAGUUGAGUAGUUUUGGGCUGGUGUGGUGGUGUUUCUUCCGGUCUAGAACGAAAGCAUCUUAAAGGGAAAGUGACCAUUUUCAAAGGGUCAGAUGUUUCCACAUUGAGUAGAUCAAACACUACACUCCAGGGAAUGGAAGAGAAGAAAUACGACCCGCUGGAUACCACCCUAAAGUUUGUCCAAAGGCGGGACGACUUGGAUCCAGUCUCCUCAGAAGACGACUCAGGCCUCAGAGCAGAGAUGUCCUGUGGUCACGCUGUCAGUCCUGAUUCUCUUACACAGUGGUGCAUCAGCCUGCUCAAGCAGGGGAAAUACAAAUUCAGAUGCCCUGCAUUGGUAGAAGGUACUAAACAGUGCAAUAAACAGUGGUCAUACAAGGAGGUCUGCAGACUGGCGGAUUUGUCUCCAGAGGAGAUGGAGUACUUUGAAUCGACGGUGGCUCGCCUGGCUGUUGCAGAUAACUAUGACAUCAAGCCAUGCCCAAGUUGCAGAACAAAUGUGGAGAGGAAAGAUCUCUCCAACCUGUGUGUGCGCUGCACCAUCUGUACAGCCGAUCUGAAGAAGACCUAUGACUUUUGCUGGCAGUGUCUUAGAAAGUGGAAAGGCUCAGGCCCACGGUCUGACCGCUGUGACAACGAUGGCUGCAUCAACAGGGAUCUGCAGCUUCUGCAGACAUGUGGGAGCAUCAGCCUGCCUGAUGUGAAGGGGGUCACUGACUGCCCAUCAGUGCGAGCCUGUCCCACAUGUGGCAUGAUGGUGAAACACAGUCGAGCCUACUGCAAAAACAUCUACUGUCCUCGCUGCCAUGUUAAGUUCUGUUUUGUCUGCUUGAAACUAAAGCGUGUAUGUAUUAAAACGAGCUCACCAUAUGAAAUCUGUCCCAGUGGUGUGGCUCCUAGACAGACUUCCAUCCCCCAGUGGCACAGGAAAUGAGGAGAAAUGUCAGCCAUGGACAGAUUUUAUCAGACAACAAAAACAGUAUGUAUGUAAAAUAUUCACAUUCAGCAGAACAUUCUUAGAUUAAAGAAAAAUGCAUAUUUUUGUAUUAAGUCAUAGAGUGUGACCAAAAAUCCAAUAUAUCUUUUAACAAAAAAAAAAAAACAAAAACAAAAACAAAAAAACACACCAGAGCCAAUUAAUGCUGGCAUGCUGCCACAGCCAAAAAUAGUGUUUGCUUCACUCACUUGGCCCCAACCACCUGGAUCCCUGACCUUAUGCCAAGCACAAACACAGACUCCCCCUAGUGUUCAGUUAUACUCAUAAUGCAAAAUCAUCAGUUGGUUUUGACCAAAAGCACCAGGACAUUUUUCCUCCAAGAACUAAAGUCUGCAUUUCCACCAGGGCCUAAAGUCCUGGGAAUACUAAGAGAAUCAGGCAUCCUGAUGCAGCCAGGUUUCUUUAAAAUGAUCAUCUGGUAUUAGAUUAUUAAGACUUCAAUGCCAGGGGUCUUUUAUGUAACACACUAAAUGUGAUUGUCUUUUUGUUUGUUUUCAGACACAGCAUUUGUCAUUUUAAAAGGCAAAAACCUCGGCCUACGGCCUGAGAUGCAGAAAACUAGUCAGAGGUGCUGGCAGGACUGGAUUCAAUGAGAUUCCGUGCAGCUGUGCACACGGUGGUUAAAUUCUUCAUCUUAAAAAAAAGAAAAACCAAAAUUAGACAAAAAAAUCCCUCUCCUUCAGUCUUAAAAAGCAUGCAGUCUGUAUCAGACUCUUUUUGGAAAGCAUAUUUGAAAAGCUGAGGUGAUGAGCUACGCUGCUGUGCGCUCUGCUCUGCUGUGCGUCUUCUUAAUUUCUGUAUCAUCUGCAUGGAACACUUCAAUAACUAGAAGCUAAAAGAGGCCUGGGUUAAGUGCAUGACAUGUCACCUGUGGGCCAAUGAAGCUUGCACUCCAGGAGUGCCAUACACCUGUCACCACUGUCUGUCUGACACUGACACUAACAAACUAGGCACAUACAACCCACACACAAACUCACCCACACCUACGUUCAGUUGUUGAAGCCAGUGUAUGUAUCACAUUUUGUUUACUUUUAUUAUUUCUACAUUUUAGUGUUACACAAACACACACUAAUGUUUGAUUGUUGAAGCUAGUGCAAAGUUGCACCUUUUGUACAGUUUAUUAUUAAAAAUGUUCAGAUGUUAGAGUAGUUUAAGUCCUGUACUCUGCAGAACCACAGCAAUUUUGUUUAAAAGUUUUGAACAAAAAGCUUUCAAUAUCUUAAAUCAUUGUCAUGGUCCUUAUUUCAUAACGUUACAUUUCACCCCAGGGUACGUAUGUUACAACUGACCCAGACUACGGGGUCAAUUGUAACAUUUCACUCCUUGUAUUUGAGAUUAAGCCAUGCAUUUUCUGUUUGUGUUGCCUCAGGCAUUUUCUAGGCCAUUUAUUAGCAGACACGUGAAGCUAGUUUGUAUAGCAGUUUGAACACACUGGGUUAAAAGAGUUCAAAGUUAGAGACAGAAAUGUCAAAAAUGUUACAACUGUCCCUGGUCUCCCCUGCCAUAUUUAACUCAUUUAUUGCAUCAUAUUACAUCCUUUUCUUGUUAUAAUUAUAGAAAUAUCAUUAUAAAUUAGUGAAAAUUUGUAUUUUAAACACCUAAGUAUGUAAAUAUUGAAAAUGAAAAUAAACUUUUUUUAUUUUCCUUCUUUUUUCUUAAAUGUCUCAUGGGCUGCCAUUUGGCGGAUGGCUGUCUUAUUGUCGGUGCAUCUUUUCCUACCACACUUUUUCCUUCCACUCAACUUUCUAUGAA